AUGGAGUCACGGAGGCCGAGGCCAUUUCCAGGGAGGAUCAGUAGUCUUUUCCGACGAAAGGGGAGAACUACUGAGCCUAACUCGCCUACCUUCAGCCCAUCUGAUAUCGAAUCAACAUCGUUCCAGGCAUAUGGGCUUUGGAGAAAGGGUAUGUGGAAAGAGCUCGAGGAGCUUGUACUACCGGCAUUACCUACGAUGAAAAGGACACUUGGCGAGACGAAUUUUGCCACGUUGCGGACAAUAUUUUUUCUUGCGCAAGCGUUUGCAGAGCAGGCUAGAUGGGAUGAAGUUGAGAAGUUGCUGUCGCCGGCUUUGCCAAUGUUAAGGAAAGCUGUGGGUGAAGUUGAUUCAGUUACACUGCGAUCAACGGUUCUCCUCGCACAGACCUUUGUGCAGGAAGGAUGGUGGGAAGUCACACUGUACUCGACCUAUUUCCUGGCAGCGACUGCUCUAAACCAGGCAAAGUGGGUGCAAGUAGAAGAGCUCUUGAAGCCAUCUUUACCGAUGAUGAAGAAGGAGUUGGGCCAAGGGAAUUCAGCCACCCUGCGGUCAACCUUUUUCCUUGCGCAAGCAUUUGCCCAACAGGCUCGGUGGAAAGAGGUGGAAAGGCUCAUUUUGCCGUCAUUGCCGAAGAUGAGGAGAGCACUUGGUAGCAUGGAUGCAGCCACCUUGCGUUCGACAGAUCUUCUUGCACAAGCGUUUGCGCAAGAAGAUAGGUGGGAGGAAAUUGAAGAGUUGCUGUUGCCAACGUUGCCAAAGAUGAGAGAGGGAUUGGGCGAGGCAAAUCCAGUAACUCUGGAAUCAAUAUACUUUCUAGCAACAGCACGCUUGAGCCAAGGCCGAUGGAAGGAAGUGGAGGAGCUUCUGGUGCCAGCACUACCAGUAAUGAGAGGUGAGGACGAGACUCACCCGGUUACCUUGGGGUCAACGUUCUUCCUCGCAGAUGCAUUAUCUGAGCAAGGUCGUUGGAGGGAAGUAGAAGAGCUCUUGGUUCCAGCACUGGCAAUCAUGAGAAACUCAAGAGAUCAAGGCAAGGCUGAUCCGAUUACUCUGCGCUCCACAUAUCUUCUCGCAGAAACAUUUUCAAGAAAGAAUCGAUGGACGGAAGUUGAAGAGCUGUUACUACCGGCGUUGCCGAUAAUGAAAAACAUGGAUCCAUCCGAUCCAGCCACUUUGGGGUCAACAUACUUCCUUUCUGAGGUGCUCUCGAGGCAAAAGAGGUGGAAGGAGGUGGAAGAGCUACUUUCGCCAGCAAUGCCCAUGAUCAAGAUUCUGGGAGAAGAUCAUGGGCUCGUUAUCAAAUCGUUAGAGAUCCUUGAAAAGGCAAUCCGGGAACAGGACCCAGACCAAAAGCUGUCAAAUGAAAUAAGUAAAGAAAAAGAAUGCAGACAGCGUCAAAAUAGGUCAAGCAAGGAACCCAUACCGGAGAGCGCCAUCGUGCCUUAUUUGAAGAGCAUCUUUGGCCAUAAAGAUAUCGGAUUUGGAUUACGUAUAACCCUCCAAGGACUUUUAUCGUUACCAUCAUCCACCCCCGAGAUAUCUGAAUGCUUUAUAGAGUUCAGAGAUUUCCAAGUCGAGUCGAUGCCCAGCCCAAUUGUCAUGACAUAUGAAAUCCAAGAGAACGAGAAAUUGAUAUUUCAAUCGAACAGGGAUAGCAAUAAAUAUAGCGAAGAGGAAUUAUUGGAUCUUUUCCGGACCUCUCUUUCAGGCCUACUAAAAGGCGCAUAUGUCCCCAUAGGGGUUGAGAAGACUAUGACAAAUUGCCAUGCAUUGGCACAAAAUUUCGACGACCGUGCUAGGUCCACUAUUUGGUCAAUUGUCGAAGGAAUCGAGGGUGUCGAGAACGUUGAAGAGGAUGGCACAAGGAACGUUUUUGCGAUUGCGUAUCGCUCCCCGAAAUUCCAAACUCUGUCUCCCCUACAGAGUACCGUACUGCCUUGGAUUGAGAUCCGGAGUCUCCACUCGAAUGACGUCUGCGGCCCAGUUGUCGAACCUCUGACGAUACAUCAUGUGUCCCCGGAUGAGGCCAGCUCCAAGAAUACUUCCCAGAACGUACCUCCGAGCCCUUCAACGGUGUCUUCUUACGAAUACUCGGUCCAUUCUUCGCCAAACUCGUCGCCAGAGCCGUUGCCUGGUGAUAAGCCUGGGGUGACAAGGGAGAGGGCGUUGGAGCUGUGA